AUGACUCGUGAGUACAUCAGGGAAACUGUUUUUACCUAUUGAAACAUUGAACGCUUCAGGUGGAAAUCAGAGAGAUUUGGCUCGCGAAAAGAACCAGAAAAAACAAGCGGACGCCAAGAAGAGAUUGGGCGCUUCCGGCCAAGACGGAAAUGCUGUCAGUUUUUUUUUCAAAUUCUAUUCGAUCGAACUCGUGAUUCUCUCUUCAGGGACUGUCUAUGGACAACCGCAUGAACCGCGACGCUGACAUCAUGCGCAUCAAACAAGAAAAGGCGGCAGCCAAAAAAGCGGCCGACGAUGCUGCUGCUGCUGCCGGCAACAAGAAAGUCGCCAAGGUGGAUCCCCUGAAGAUGUGA